GGCCCGCCGAAAUGGGCGAGCAUAAUAUUCUUAAUCCCGGGUCCGGGUUUGUGGGACCUUUGGUAAACAUCCACACUGGAGACACAUUUUACCUCCCCAAUUUCAGAGCGUCCGGGGGACAACUGGCGGGUCUACCCUCUCUCUCCUACCCAAGAAGGGACAAUGUAUGCUCGCUCCCUUGGACCCCUUCCGAGCAGUGCAAUGGAUAUCCUCAAUCCUACUUUAGCAGUCCCAUGCCCAUUAAUCCCUCUUUCAACCGUGCAUGUGAAAUCACAAGGCAAGAUGAAAGCAAAUGUUUUUACAGCAAUGGUGUCGGCAACAGGGAACCCUGCGCUGAAAGCACAAUCCUCAAACGUGAAGAGAGGGCAAGAGGAGACUCCUCUUCCUCCAUAACGACGGAGCAUGGACUGCACAACGGGAUGGGCAACAACGGUACAUUUUCCAAGUACGACUAUGGCGCGGAGCAGUUGACCCAAGAUCCGCCAUCCUGUCAAUCCCUAGAAUCUGACUCCAGUUCAUCACUGCUCAAUGAAGGGAGCAAAGCUUCUGCAGGCAUCGCUCAGGCGUUGACAUCCCCUGGCAAUCAUGCACCAAGCACAGCAGCGGGUGGAGGUGAGUUAUUGAAUGUUAACAAUGGAAUGUUAUACGCUUGUUUCUGUCAUUGAAAUCUUAUUUCUUGAUUUGUUGAUAGUCCUAUUUCUUGUCUUUAUAAAUUAUUAGGAUACUGAAUUGACACGAGGCUUGCAUGUUGGGGUGAGCGCCGCUAGGGGAAGCAUUCAAGGAAGGGUUCAUAUUUUCGUUUACACUCAGCGUUUUACACACCAGUAAACCCUUACAGCACCAUAAAAACUCGAUAUUGUUUGUGGUAAAAAUGAGAAUGUCUUGAUUAUACCAGCAAAACAACAAUAUUUUUUACAAUUUCAACCUAUAUGAUUUCAGGAUAAAGUCCGCAAAAACAUAGACUCAUGUUUAUUGAGAGUUUGUUGCAAAUAAAAUCAUACAUCGAAAAAAUACAUGUUGUUAUUCACAAGAACUCUAGCUUGCAUGCCUUUGGCAAUUUGAUAUGCUUGCAUGCUUGAGAGUGAGACUACCGUUACUGACGACCUUAACUGCCACUGUAAACAUUGUGUGACACAGACUAAUGUGAAUUACAGCGUGUCUAUCCACAAUCAAAUUACAAGAAAUAUGCCAUACGUCCCACUGUCUCCCCACACAUUCAUUGCUGAAAUUCAAAAUUGUAAAUACCUUUUACAUAAUAAACAGUAGUAGUAGAAUAUAGCUAAUUUGUUUGAGUGUCCAUUUUCUACUCUGAAUGUUAACUCAUUGUUGUAAAUUAGUCUGCUUUAAGACUGGGCCAGGAACUGCUCACACUGAUGACAAAAGCUUUCAAAAUACGUUUGUGCUUUGAAAAACUGAUAACCAGCUCUAUAGAAUCCAUUGAUGCAGUGCAGGACUUUUACCUUAGCUUGGCGAUAUAUGCCAAGCUAUAGGCUAUAGAGCCUAUACGUUCAUCCAUGCACACCCAUCCACUUCUUCUCCCCUCUCCAGGCGCCCCGUGGUACCCAAUGCACACCCGAACCCGAAAGAAACGUAAACCCUACUCCAAACUCCAGCUGGCGGAGCUGGAAGGCGAUUUCAUGGUCAAUGAGUUCAUUACCAGACAGCGGCGAAGGGAGCUCUCUGACCGCCUAAACCUCAGCGACCAACAGGUUAAGAUAUGGUUCCAGAACCGGCGGAUGAAGAAGAAGAGAUUGAUGCUUAGGGAGCAGGCCUUGUCCUUCUUCUAA